UUAAAUUGAACCUAACCCAGUCUACCAACCCAUAUAUGUAUACUGUACAUUUGACGCUGCAUCAUAAUUAUGUAACCCUCAGCAUUACUGGCAACAGUUAAGGUGCAAUAAUAUCAGUGAUGGCAAGUGGAGAAGCCAUAAAACAUCUCCGGGUCAAGCUUUUAAUUGCACGUGUGGCUGGGUGUAAAGGAGAUAAAUAACGUUUCUUUGAUUUUGAAUCCGAUGCGGACACUCGGGAUCCGGCUGGAGAUGCGGAGAAUAAUUUGCCACAGAUUCCUCUGCAUGGUGGAGGCACUAUCACAGACCACGUGAGAGGAAUAUUCAACGACGGACCCCGACAGACCGGUUCAUCUCUGCUGGCACUCCUCUGCUGCUGACAUGGACUCCUGGACACUGUAUUUUCUCAGCUUCCCACAAACGGACGCGGAGGGAGGGCGAUGCUCUGUCUGAAUGUAACCUUUGAUCUUUUGUCGUUUUCUGUUCUUUUUCUGUUCUUUUUGUUUGAUUCUUCUUCUUCUACUUUCCUCCACAAGUCAAACAGUUAGGGGGAGGGGGGGUAUGGCUUGGCCGUGCAUCAGCAGAGUGUGCUGCCUGGCUCGCUUCUGGAACCAGUUCGACAAAUCGGACCUCUCCGUCCCGCUCACCAUCCAGAACUACUCGGACAUCGCCGAGCAGGAGGUGCGGUCCGUCACCAAACAGGUCUCCGUCUCGGAGCGCGCACCCGGGAAUAACUACUCAAUCCCGGACCCGCGUGCCGUCGGCUCCCCUCAGGUGGCCACAGAUGGCCCGGGGACCCGAGGAUCUUUCAGGGCACGGAAGGAGCCCAGUUACAAGCCCCGGGAGGACUACCACCCGCCCGGAGUGCCUUUCCCCAGUGUUACCCAGUACAAGCAGGAUUUCAAACCCUGGCCCAUUCCCAGGAAGGAGAACUUCCCUUGGAUUAGUAACGGGGGCAGCAGGGCAGACAGUGCUUCGGACAGCCCGGUGAACAGUUACCACAGCCAGGCACAGCCGGGGGAGAGAGAGGAGCGGGGCAGGGGGCAGAGGUGGGGGGAGCAGCAGGGGAUGGAGGAGAGAAAAACCAGCUCCUACAGGCAAGAGUACAGGCCGUGGACGGGGGCGAGACCGGCCAAAAGUGCGAGGAGAAAUCCCCCAGCUCAAUACUCCAGCCCAGGGACAGAGGCCACCCAGGUCCCGCGUGAGACCAGCUACCAGGCUGCCUACAGUGCGGAGGGCCACAGGUCCAUAGGGCUGCAUCAGUCUGCCAGCACCAAUAUACAACCUGCUGCUGUUCCCCAGCCCAUCCCCACUGCCCUGCAGGCUGGCAGCUCACAGAGCGUCCCGCCAGAGAGGACUGAGCUCAGUGGACCGACCAAGGGAGAGGAACACCUGGUGAGGACCAAGCUUCCUCCGAACCCUUCUGCGGUCUUUCAAAGUGGAUCGAGGGUCUUCAACAUCUGACUCCGAUUUCCAACCAAUCCACUUUGAUCGGUUUCAGUUUUAAGGGAUCAACAGGGGAAUGAUUUCAGUCCAUUCCUCAACACAAGAAUCUAUGCAAGAGAACGUAUUGUUGUGAAGCCUGUGGAGCUGUGGUGUCAGUAUCCAAAGUGGAGACAGAUAGAUAGACAGACGCCCCCCCUUUACACUCCUUCCUGCCCCUGUUGCUAUGGGAAUGAAUAUGCAUGGAACAAAAUAGUUUUAAAACAAGCUUCCCCCUCCCCCCCGUUUUUGCAGUUAUAGAUGCACAAGGAACUGGCUGCGUAUUUGUGUGGGUCCGUGUGUGUGCACCUGCUGAUUUGUCCUCUUAUUGUAUAUAAUGCUGAGUCCGCUCCAAUAAUGAACGACAUGGUCGGUCAUUAAGUGUGUAUGCUUAAGAGUACAAUGUUGCCCUUUGGUGUUGCUAGAAAUCUGCUUGAAAUAAGUUAUUUCCUCAGUAUUUAAUUAGUUUGCUCUUUUGAGAAAGUAUUGUUCGGUCUAUGAUUUUGUAAAUCUAUUGUUAAAGAAACAGAGCAAAUAUAUAAUGUAAGUGAAAUUACAAUAAAAGAAUAUUAGGUUCUUAGCACUUUC